AUGAUGCACUUGACUCCCUGCAAGGAAGCUGCUACUGCUGAAGAUGUAGUGCAGAUGUUCUUGGAGCAUGUUUGGAAGCUGCAUGGCACUACCAAGCAUGCUGUGUCUGACAGAGGCACUACAUUCACCUCCAAGUUCCUCAAGGCACUCUACAAAUCUCUGCAAAUCAACCCCAGCUUCUCUACGGCUUACCACCCACAAUCUGAUGGACAAACUGAGAUCAAGAACCACUGGCUAGAGGCUUAUCCGCACUCUUUCAUCAAUCACAGACACAAAGCAACAGGGAAAUCACCAUUUGAGAUUGUAGCCAAACAACUGGCUGAAACUAUUUAUGAAGUACAGGUAUCAAUCAAAUGGGCUCAGGAGUGCUACAAACAGGCAGACACAGGGAAACCACCUCCUAAGUUCCAACCAGGAGACAAAUUUUGGCUUCUGGCUUCCAAUAUCAUGUUGCAGCGUCCCAAUAAAGAGCCAGACCAUAAACAGUAUGGCCCUUUCCCCAUCAUAGAAAGAGUGGGCUCUCACACUUAUUGCCUGGCUCUCCCUGAGACAAUGAAGAUCCAUGAUGUGUUCCAUGUUAGCUUGUUGUCUGCUUUCAAACAGGACACAGAGUUUGAUUGCACAUUUGUUCCUCUGCCACCUGUGAUCACAGCAGAAGGGGAAGAAGAGUAUGAGGUGGACAAAUCUGUAGACUGGGCAGCAGAAGAUGGAAUCUGGAAGUACAGGGUCAGAUGGAAGGGAUAUGUGCCUCAUGAGGACACAUGGGAACCAGCCAUGAAUCUACAGCAUUGUAAGGAUGAAUUGCGCAACUUCUUUGCCAAUUGUCCAGAUGCCCCAGCCACCAAAGACACUAUUCCUGCCAAUGCCAGAGGAGAUGAAGGCACAUUUGCACAGCACUGCCAACAUCAUACAUGGCCUGAUGAGCACCAGCAGCUAGAACAAGAUGAGAUUCAUCAAGUGCAAUGUCUACAAGCACCCCAAGAGGGGAUUGAUGUACUGGCUUGA